CUAUACUGGGUCACUUCUAACCCUGCAAGGCUGAUGGAUUACCCCAAGUCCAUGUCUAUCAUCAGGCAUCAUUGGAGGAGAAAGAAGCAGCAUCUACAGGAUCAUCUGCUCGGUUUGUGGAGUUUAGACCGGAUUAUCUGCCUUCAGCUGAACCAGAGCAGUCCCGAGAAGCUGGACUGAAGACGCACGCCUGCAGAGAGAGGUCCCAGUUCUGGUCCAGUUCUUCGCAGUCAUGCAGUCCCUGACUGAGGAGAUCCAGAGUUUCUCUCGGACACGGCUCAGGAAGCAGUGCACCCGUGUGACAUCACUGAGCGGGCGUCGUAUCAUUGAGACUUGGAAGGGAUCUACGAUCACGGUGGUGGAAGACCCCGUCCCUCCAGAGACAAUGCUGGGAUACAUCCCUGACACUUCCUGGGACGUUCAGGUCGGCAUCGUGAAGCCCUUCCUGCUGCUGGGUUCCCAGGAUGCGGCCCAUGACUUUGGCACUCUGAGGAAACACAAGGUGUCACACAUCCUGAACGUGGCUUUCGGGGUGGAGAACGUCUUUCCUGACCUCUUCAUCUAUAAAACCGUCAGCAUCAUGGAUCAUCCAGAUGCUGAUAUUCUUCUUCACAUGAAGGACUGCUGUGACUUCAUCCAACAGGCUCGCAACGAGAAAGGCGUGGUGUUGGUCCACUGUAACGCUGGCGUCUCUCGGGCACCCGCCGUGGUCAUGGGCUACCUGAUGACAUGUGAUGGCCAGUCCUUUGAAUCCGCUCUCUCCACAGUAAAAUCAGCUCGUCCCACCUCCUCGCCAAACCCCGGCUUCCUGGAACAGCUGAGGAAGUACACAAUGCCGAUGAUGAACGGAUCCAAACACUGAAAAAAGAAAUGUACAGAGAGAUUUUAAAAAUAAAGAACAGAUCAUCUUAUUUUACUGGGAUGUUUUGGGAUAGGAUGUUGUAAAAGUCAAACCCAGAACCAGAGAAUAUUCUAGGGUUGAAAUACUUAGAAAUAUUUUCGUAAGAGACUAAAAUAAUUAUACAAUAAGACUCUAUAAAAAUGAUAUUACAUAUUGCACAUUUCCUUCUCUUUUUAAAAUGAUCACAUCAUAAAUAUAAGCUCUGAAUGCUGAGUGAGUCUUCAAUCAAGUUUAGAAAUGAAGUUUUUCAUCUUCUGGAUCUGUGUUUGUUUGUCUACAUUUAGAAAUAAAACUUUCAUCACCACGUUAGUGUGCUGUUAACAACGAUGUCUUCUCUGUGAUUUGGUGAGGUUGUUUCCAGUCGUUUUCUGUUUUGUUAAAUUAAGUCUAAUUAAA